AGACGAAUUAUUAAUAGUGGACUAAUAAGAGUCCCGGAUUUGCGGCACAUUCAAUCUGAAAACAUUUUACAAAUGAUUGAUCUAGACAACAAUCAAAUAACUCGAAUAGAUAAGAAUUCCAUCAACGUAAAGACUGAUCAAUUAAUUUUAGCGAAUAAUGAGAUAACUUAUAUUGACGAUUCCGCAUUCUUUGGCUCACAAAUUGCAAAACUGAUUUUAAGGCAAAAUCGUGGUCUGCGGAAAGUCCAUCCCAAUGCGUUUAAUGGAAUAAGCAUGCAUGAGUUAGACCUUUCGAGCACAUCAUUGGAAAGAUUACCUCCGGUGGGAUUGCAGGACAUUGAGGAAUUGCGUAUUGAGAGCGUACACACACUUAAAACAAUUCCAUCCAUUUACAAUUUUAAGAAUUUACAGAGAGCUUUCCUGACACACUCCUUUCACUGUUGCGCUUUCGAAUUUCCAUCGCGCCACGAUCCACUUCGUCAUGCCGAGCGAUUGAAAGAAAUCGAAAAGUGGCAGCAGCGUUGUUCAAAGAAUGUAAAUGAAAAUGGCAGUUCUAAUUGGUUGGGAAUGAACACUGAAAGCGGAAUCAAUGAUAGUUUACACAAGAUACUUAGAGCAAAAGAGACUGAAAAUAACGAUGAUGGUCAAACUUGGAGUGCUAAUGGAGGCGGGAUGCGUCCAACACAAGGCAGUGGAGUUUUUUACAGCAGUUUGUAUCGGACCGUAUUCGUUGUGAACGAUGAUGAGAAUGAGACUGAAACAGAGGAGAGCGACUACUUUGCUGGUGAAGAUUACAUGUCGGAGUCGAUCAUAAAGGAAAUUGGCAUAUUCCAUGAAGAGAUUACUAUAAAUCCCGAUGUCAUUCAACUUGAUGAAUACUGUGGCAAUUUUACAUUUAGAAAACAUCACGUUGAGUGCUAUCCCAUGCCGAACGCCCUCAAUCCAUGUGAAGAUGUUAUGGGCUACCAAUGGCUGCGCAUUUCGGUCUGGAUUGUUGUUGCUCUGGCUGUGGUGGGAAAUGUUGCGGUACUUGUUGUGAUUCUAUCGAUUAGAUCCGAAAGCCCAUCCGUGCCGCGUUUCCUAAUGGGCCAUUUGGCCUUUGCAGAUUUGUGCUUGGGAUUGUAUUUGCUGUUAAUCGCCGCCAUCGAUGCACAUUCCAUGGGUGCCUACUUUAAUUACGCUUAUGAUUGGCAAUACGGUGCUGGAUGCAAAGUCGCUGGCUUUCUGACUGUCUUCGCAAGUCACUUGUCGGUCUUCACACUGACGGUUAUCACCAUUGAACGUUGGAUGGCUAUUACACGGGCAAUGCACUUGAAUAAACGCAUUAAGCUUCGCGCCGCCGGCUUUAUCAUGGCCGCUGGGUGGAUCUACUCGAUUGUCAUGUCAUUGCUGCCGCUGUUUGGCAUUAGCAACUACUCUUCGACAAGUAUAUGUUUGCCGAUGGAGAUACGUGAACCUAUUGACACGGUGUACUUGGUGGCAAUUCUUGGAUCGAAUGGCGGAGCAUUUUUCAUCAUAACGAUUUGCUACGCUCAAAUUUACUUAUCACUUGGGCAGGAAACACGCCAUGCACAUAGCUCACAUCGAGGAGAAAUGAGCAUUGCAAAGAAGAUGGCUUUAUUGGUCUUCACGAACUUCUCUUGUUGGGCGCCCAUUGCAUUCUUUGGUUUAACAGCACUCGCCGGUUAUCCAUUGAUAAACGUGACUAAGUCGAAAAUCCUCCUGGUUUUCUUCUACCCUUUGAACUCCUGCGCAGAUCCAUAUUUGUAUGCCAUACUCACAUCACAGUACCGAACGGAUCUCUUUGCCCUGCUUUCCAAAUUUGGCAUUUGCAAGAAGAGUGCGAUGAAGUAUAAGCACAGCCUUUCGGCACCACACACCACCAAUGUAACCGUGCAUGGCUCCAGCCUACAGCAUCGGAGUUCUUCGUCGGCCAGUAGACAGCCCGAGCUGCAAUUAAUGCUGAAGGAUCACGAGGAAUUUGUUUGAAUUUCUGAUAAGUACACUUUAGGCAAAUAACUGUGUAUGCAAAUACAUACGUAUGAAUGAGUAAAACUACGCAGUUACUCCUACCUGCAUAGGUAUGUGCACGCAUAUGUACAUCUCUACUGAUGGAUGAGUGUUGCUGAAAAUCGAACAUCUCUAUAAGCGGCUUUCUGGAAGUGUUUGCGCUUUCGAAUUUUUAUCAGAAUUUGACCACCAAAUGGCAUUAACUGUAUAUUUACGUAGUAUAAGUGCAUACACAUAUAUGUAUGCAUAUGUCUGUCUCAUAUAUGUAUUCAAAAAUGUCAUAAUAAGUACUUCCUAUUAAAGUAGUAAAUACUAACUUUCGCCCGGAUAAAAGAUUGUCGUAAGGGUCAUUUUUAAAUUUGUCAGCUAUGGAUGCAGUUAGACUAUAUUUUAAAAUAAGAUCUUUCUGUUAAUGUUGUCAGUUUUUGCAUAUCUUUUUUAGUUUCCGAGAUAUUGACUAAAAUUUUAUUGGAAGUUUAGCAGUCAUAAUAAAAUAGUUUAGGUCUUUCAAAUGGUUUCAUCCAUAUUGAGUAAAAAGUUUAUUUGAUUUAUUACAAAAGUUUAUUUAAUUUAUGACAUGUUGUCAUACAAAGUGGCUUAAAAAUUGUUGACAACUGUGGCAAAGCACAAGAUUUUACUAUAUAAAAUCCUUAAUAAACUCAAAAAUAACACAGGUUUACAUAAAAAAGUGUAUGCAUGUUAAACCAAACCUAUAUAUCCUUAUGU